CCGUGACCCUUAAAGCGCUUUGAGUGGAGUGUCCAGAAAGCGUAAAGAAUUAUUAUUGUUAUUUCUGAACAGAGGGGACGCCCUUCCUUACACUACUAUAUUUUAGUAGUAUCUUAAAAAAAUAAGACAAUGGGAGACCGUUGAGAAGCGAAUAAAAGACGCUUGACAAAAUCAGAGCUGAUUAAACGAAUAAGGAAAAGCGCUGCGGCCUCUAUCAACAACACGCCGGACAGACAGCAGGGCCGACCAAUGGAGAGGAGCAGGAGGGGCUUAUCGGAGUAAGGUGUGUGUGUGUGAGAGAGGUAACUGCUCGCCGGGACCGCGCUGAAGAUGUUGUACACCGCGAUAUUCGUGGCUUUAGUUGUCAUUGUGCUGCUGCACAAGUAUGUCGCCCGCAGAGCUGGACCGAACCCGUUUGCCCGGGACACGCGAGAGCCGCCGAGGGCUCUGGUGCGGAGCAAGCAGGAGAAAAACAAGGUCCUGAAACAAGGGUUCCUGCCCAGCCGCGUGCCGGAGAGCCUCGACGCGCUGGUGGUCGGCAGUGGCGCCGGCGGGCUGGGGGUGGCGGUGAUGUUGGCCAGGGCCGGCAAGCGUGUCCUGGUCCUGGAGCAGCACGACCGGGCCGGGGGCUGCUGCCACACCUUCACUGAGAAGGGCUUCGAGUUCGACAUCGGAAUCCACUACAUCGGGGAGCUGUCGGAGCACAAGCCACUCCGCGUCAUGCUGGACCAGCUGACCGAUGGCCAGCUGCAGUGGGCUAGUCUGGACAACCCCUUCGACCUGGUGGUUCUGGGUCCUGCCGGGAGCAGACGGAUCUACCCCAUCUACAGCGGGUGGCAGCGCUUCCCAGAAGAGCUGAAGAAGUUCUUCCCGGAGGAGGAGGAAGCCAUAGAUAAGUUUUACGAGCUUGUAAAGAAAUGUGGAAAAGGAAUUUGGAUUCUGGCUGUUUUGAAAACAAUCCCUGUCCUGCUGGCCAAGCUCCUCGUCUACACCAGGCUAGUGAAUUGGCUCUCUCCGUUCUUCACGAUGGCUGCCAGAAGUGUAACCGAGGUGGUCAAUGAGCUCACAGACAACAAGGACCUCCGUGCUGUCUUUAGUUACAUCUUUGGGACCUACGGAAAGAUUCCGAAAGAAGCCAGUUUUUCCAUUCACAGCCUGAUUUUCAGUCACUAUUUGGGUGGGGCAUGGUAUCCUAAAGGGGGCGCCAGUGAGAUAGCAUACCACAUGAUCCCCAUCAUUGAAAAAGCUGGGGGCGCCGUCUUGGUCCGUGCGCCAGUUCAACGCAUCUUGGUGAACGAGGCCAUGGAAGCUUACGGAGUAAGUGUGAUGAAAGGCCAAGAGGAGGUGAACAUCUACGCGCCGAUAGUCAUCUCCAACGCAGGGAUCUUCAACACGUACGAGAAGCUUCUGCCAAAGGAGAUCCAGGCCCUCCCAGCUAUUCAGUCUCAGCUUGGCAUGGUUCAGCACGGGGAAGGUUUCUUGAGCAUUUUCAUGGGCCUGAAUGGGACAAAGGAAGAACUUGGACUGAAGGCCGACAACUAUUGGAUCUUUGCAGAAGCAAACUUGGAUGAACUGAUGGAGAAAUACAUGAAAGCUGAGAAGGAAGAAGCUGCUAAAAGCGUGCCUUUUCUUUUUAUCUCUUCCCCUUCAACCAAAGACCCCACAUGGGCGGAAAGAAACCCAGGGAAAUCCACUCUGACUGUGAUAACCAAUGCCUGCUAUGAAUGGUUUGCCGAAUGGAAGGAUGAGAGAGUCAAAAACAGGGGACAAGACUACAAGAGGCUGAAAGAGGCCUUCAUCAGUUCCGUCUUGGACACAGUAGUGGAGAUCUUCCCAAAAACCAAAGACAAGAUUGAGUAUGUAGAUGCUGGGACGCCUGUAACAAACCAGCACUACAUUGCUGCUCCACGAGGAGAGAUUUAUGGCUGCGAUCACAGCCUGGCUCGCUUCACCCCAGAGGCCAGCAUCGCCAUCCACCCCCAGACUCCCAUUAAAAACCUCUACUUGACCGGUACCGACACGCCAGUGUUGCUGGCCUAG